CUGGUACCCAACAGAAUCUACUGCAGAAGAGCAUUUUCGGCACAAGUUUCAGCUUUUCGUUUCGGAGAUGGUUAAUGUUUGCUUUGAAAGGAACAAGAAUCGACGAGCAGAGAAGAAUUGAGAAGAUGUGGAUUUGGUAUCAUCGGUUGGUCCUGUUCUGCAUUGUCUGUGGCCUCUGUUUUUCUCCGCAGUUCACAAGGGUUUCUUCGACCUUACACACUGACAAUGGUCAUAUAUAUUCAAAUGCUGGAAGAACUCUGAAUCAGGAUGGUGGUGGUAAUCAUCAAAUACAUUGCUCCAGAGAAAGAAGUAGAGCAGCUUGGAAGAUCAUUCAAGAGUAUUUGAUGCCCUUUGUGGAGAAAGAAAAAUAUCAUAUCUCAGGAAGUUGUAAGAUUCACCCUGACAAUGACAUAUACAGAGAUCAAGAACAACAUAAAUUUCAUAUUGAUAUAAAUGAAUGGCAGUGUGGGUACUGUAAGAAAAGUUUCUACGAGGAGAAACAUCUUGAUCAGCAUUUUGACAACAGACACUCCAGUUUACUUAAUUUGAGUCAAAGCCAGUGCUUAGCAGACGUAUGUGGUGCACUGCACUGUGACCUUGAAAUGAAUUCUGGAUCAAAAAAAUCGAAGUGCAAUCCUCCUGCUGCUGCAAGAAAUAAACAUUUGUGUGAGAGCUUAGCUGAUAGUUGUUUUCCAGUUAACGAGGGCCCAGCGGCUAGCAGACUUCAUGAAUUCUUCUUGCACCAAUUCUGUGAUGCACACAGCUGCACUGGAAGUGGGAAACCUUUCUCCAGAGGACGCAGGAAGAAGACAAAUGUGUUCUACAUCUUUGCUUCCAUUUUUCUUGUGAUAUUGCUGCUACUAUACUAUCUCUACAUUUACUUAUACCAGAGAGGAAUGAAAAGGGAAACUCAAAUGCUGAAGCGUAUCUCACAAACCAGCAGAAAGAAAAAGCCAUCUUAAUUGAUGGUUCUUUCCCUUUAGAAGUUCUCAACCUACAUUUUUACAAAGCAAAGGUGUAACUAACAGAGAUAUACAGCAAGAACUGCCCUCAAAAUCCAGUUUACACCAUUCUGCUAUUUACAAAUUUGAAGGGAGAAAGAGGUCGCCAUCUUCAAAUGAUGUCUGUGUUUUGCUAGUUUGUAAGCCAAAUUCUUGAAACCUUUGUGAACACAAAGGGAGUGCAUGACAGAAUCCACCUCGGUUGGUUGCUUUUGAUUGUGCAUGACAUCACUAACAAGAGCAAUAAGAUGAACCUUUACGAUGUAUUAUCUUAAUCUUUACUAACUUGAUCAGGGUUUAUUUGUAACCCUUUUAACAUCACCUACAGUGAUUUGCUUUAAAUGGCUUUUUGAGAAUUUCCUGCUGAAUUUUGAAUGUCGUUAUGGUUGGGUGGAUGGAAUAAGGUCUCAUUUUAUUCCUCAUCUCAGUAAUAAGAUGACAAACACUGGAUGUAGCUG